UGGGAUUACAGGCGUGUGCCACCAUGCCUGGUAUAUUCUUCCAUUUAUAUAAAACUCUAGAAAAUGCAGAUGGACUGGUAGCGGCAGAAAGCAGGUUGGUGUUGCUUGGGGAAGGAGGGAGGGCAGAAGGAAGGGUUUGCAAAGGGGCGGGAGAUGGCUUGGGAGCGAUGCUGUGUCCACUCCUGAUUGUGGUGAUGGCUUCUCCAGAGCACACAGUCCUGACCCGGGGUGUAGACCCCGUGGGGUGGUCACGAGGAGGCAGGAGGGCUGGGAACUGGAGGCCAGCACAGCGUAGGACUUGGCUCAAUGCCCAGGAUGUGAUGCUCUGUGUUUUCCAGGACAGAGGUCUCGCUGAUGGCCCCACUGCCGGGGGCAGAGCUGGUCCAGAGGCCGCUGCAGCUCUACAGAUACUUGCUGCGCUGUUGCCGGCAGCUGCCGACCCGGGGCAUCCAGGAGCACUACAGACAUGCUGUCCGGCAGAGUUUCCGGGUUCAUUCAGAUGAAGACAACCCUGAGAGAAUCCAGCAGAUUAUUAAAAGAGCUAUUGAAGAUGCCGACUGGGUCAUGAACAAAUAUAAAAAACAAAACUGAGAACCCAGAGCCCAGAGGAAGAGUCGCGUUAGAGACAUCUGGGGCUUCUUUUUUUCUUCUGGAACUAAGCAGCAGCGCCAGAAGAAGUUUUGGAAUAUUCUUUGGCCUCGCUGGCCGAGAGAGCAAGAAAACGGAGGCAGGAGAAGCCGACCUUUGUUCCGCCAGCUCUUCUCGCCGCAGCCAUGUUCCUAGCAUCCUUUCUGUUCGCUCUGCCGGCCACUGCUGAUGGACAAGUUGGGGACAAUAUGGUGUACUUUUGUUGUUUCUCUCUGUUUUUCGUUUUUGUGUUUUUGUUUUUCUACAUUGCUCUGAAGCUGAUCCACUUAUUCUGGAGGUCUCUUUACCAGUCUUUGAGCCCCAGAGAAGAUGUCCUCCCCAUAGGCGGUUACCCGUACGGAGGGAAGAGAGUGGGCUUUAAGGCUAGGCACCUCUGGCUUUGAGUCCCAGCUUUAUGACUUCCCUAGGGCAUUGCCUUUGAGCUCAGUGUCCUCCUUGGCGAGGAUGAAGUGAAGUGAAGUUGGAGUGCCUCACCCAGGAUGGGGCACACACCGGUCAGCACCCCUCCGAGGAAGCCGUCCUGGUGAUCAGCUCCUGCUCCCACAGUGCUCUGGGCAUCUCUGCCGUAGUUGUGGUGUCAGCCUCUGUGAUUUGUUUGUGAGCUCGUCCUGUCCCGGCUUGGAACCCCAGGUCCCUCCCAGCUGUGCCAUGCCCAGCAGUCUCACGGAGCUGCUCCUCCUGAGCCCUGUCCCUCUGCGCUCAGGAAGUAGAAGCCCUGGUCCCUGUCUCCAAGGAGUUGCCAGUAUCUUUGAGGCAGUGAAGUGCACAUUACCUGAAACUAGGAAGAAUAUCCAAGCAGCUGUGACAGAUGCCGGCGCGUCCAGGCUUCUGGGAGCCUGUGAUCAGCCUUCGCCGGCCCUUCCCUGCUUUGGCUGUCACGGCAGGGUGGACGGCAGGGAGGGAGGGGAUGGGUCCAGGGCGGGUGGCGAGAGCUGGCAGAGCAGCCAGAAGAUGCAGAGAAGCCACACAGAGGCCUGAGUAUUCCCCGGGGGCGCUCAGCCAGAGGCGCGAGCUGGCGUGUGUUGGUGUCCGUGCAAUUCUGUAACUCACGCUGUCAUCCGUAUGUGCCGAUUACCGCGCAGUGCUGAUUAACAAAUAGUGAAGUAAAUGUAUUGAUUUGUGAAA